AUGGAGGUGAACCACAUGGCUCCAGCUCCCACAAUAGCCAUGCUGGAGACUGAGGAAGACCCCUGCAGGGUAGAGGUGACCGACAUGGCCAUCGAUGGAGCCACGCUGCUCAUCUGCCUCUGUGGGCUGCUGGGCAACGCUGCUGUCCUCUGGCUCCUCAGUUUCCACAUCAAGAGGAACCCCAUCACUGUCUACAUCCUCAACCUGGCCGUGGCUGACUUCACCUUCCUCCUCUUCAUGGUCAUCUCCUCCAUCCUCUACAUGAUUGACAACAUCUGCUCUGCUGCAGUCUCCCUGACGUACCUGAGGUCAGUUUUCCUGCUCUCUCUGUUCUCCUACAACAUGGGCCUGUACCUCCUGACUGCCAUCAGCAUCGAGAGGUGUGUCUCUAUCCUCUACCCCAGCUGCCACCGCCCCCAGCACUUAUCAGUCGUGGUGUGUGCCCUGCUCUGGGCUCUCUCCAUCGCUGUCAUUGCUGCGGUGACUUCUCUGUGCCUGCUGCACGAGCACGAGCCCUGCCAGAAGGCUCUCAUCUCCAUGUAUGCCCUCAACUUCCUCAUCUUUGCACCACCCAUGGUCAUUUCCAGCACAAUCCUCUUCAUUAAGGCUCAUUGUGGUUCCCAGCAGCACCAACCCUGGAUGCUCUCCAUUGUUAUCUUCCUCACUGUCCUCUUCUUCCUCCUCUUUGCUCUUCCCCUCAGCAUCUGGAGUUUCCUGCAGCAGUUCAGCUACAUCUUUGCAUCCUCCCAGGUUGUUUUCUUGCUUGCCUGCAUCAACAGCAGCAUCAAUCCCCUCAUCUACUUCUUGGUGGGGAGCUGCCGCAGGCACUGCUCCUUGGUGUCCCUCCAGGUGGCCUUCCGGAGGGUCUUCGAGGAGCUGGAAGACAAGACCACAUGCAGCAAUGAUACCACCAUGGACACACUGCCCCCAGCCUGCUGA